AUGGCCACUGUCAACGAGUUCCCUGCCCAGGAUGUCAACAGCUACGACUACAUCGUCGUGGGCGGUGGUACCGCUGGCUGUGUGAUCGCCGCUCGCCUGGCCGAGUACUUGCCCAACAAGCGUGUCCUAGUUAUUGAAGGUGGUCCAAGCGACUUCACCGAUGACCGAGUCCUGAACCUCAAGGAGUGGCUUAACCUCCUGGGUGGCGAGCUCGACUACGACUACCCUACUACUGAACAACCCAAUGGCAACAGCUUUAUCCGUCACUCUCGCGCUAAGGUACUUGGUGGCUGCUCAAGCCACAACACCUUGAUCUCAUUCCGUCCCUUUGAGUAUGAUUGCCGCAACUGGGUGGCCAAGGGCUGCAAGGGUUGGGACUUUGAGACCUUCACUCGCCUCAUUGAUGGCUUGCGCAACACCUUCCAGCCCGUGCACGGCCGCCACCGUAAUCAGCUGUGCAAGGACUGGAUCCAGGCCUGCUCUACUGCCAUGAACAUCCCCAUCAUUCACAACUUCAACGCAGACAUUCGCAAGAACGGCGAACUCACCGAGGGUGCCGGCUUUUUCAACGUCUCUUACAACCCCGAUGAUGGACGCCGGAGCAGUGCCAGUGUGGCCUACAUUCACCCUAUCCUGCGGGGUGAUGAGAAGCGCCCUAACCUGACCAUCCUUACCAACGCUUGGGUGUCGAAGAUCAAUGUUGAGGAUGACUCCGUGACCGGUGUGAACGUGACCCUGCAGUCCGGUGUGAAGCACACCCUGCGUGCUCGCAAGGAGACCGUCCUCUGCGCUGGUGCCGUUGACACUCCUCGUCUUAUGAUGCUCUCUGGUCUGGGCCCCCAGGAGCAGCUGUCCGCUCUGGGCAUUCCCGUCGUCAAGGACAUUCCCGGUGUCGGCGAGAACCUUGUCGAUCACCCUGAGAGUAUCAUUAUGUGGGAGUUGAACCAGCCCGUCGAUCACAACAUGACCACCAUGGACUCCGAUGCCGGUAUCUUCCUCCGCCGGGAGCCCACUGAUGCUGCCGGUUUCGAUGGCCGUGCUGCCGAUAUCAUGAUGCACUGCUACCAGAUUCCUUUCACUCUGAACACUACUCGUCUUGGCUACGACGAGCCCAUCAACGCCUUCUGCAUGACCCCCAACAUUCCUCGUCCCCGUUCCCGCGGUCGUCUGUACCUCACCUCCGCUGAUCCCUCUGUGAAGCCUGCUUUGGACUUCCGCUAUUUCACCGACCCGGAGGGCUACGACGCCGCUACCAUCGUUGCCGGCUUCAAGGCUGCCCGAAAGAUCGCUGAGGAGUCCCCCUUCAAGGAGUGGAUCAAACGUGAGGUGGCUCCUGGCCCCAACGUUCAGUCCGAUGAGGCUCUGUCCGAGUACGGCCGUCGCGUUGCACACACCGUGUACCACCCCGCUGGUACCACCAAGAUGGGUGACCUCGUUCGCGACCCCAUGGCUGUCGUCGACCCCAAGCUGAAGGUUCGCGGCCUGAAGAAUGUUCGUAUUGCCGAUGCCGGUGUCUUCCCGGACAUGCCUAGCAUCAACCCUAUGUUGACCGUGCUGGCCAUCGGCGAGCGUGCAGCUGAAAUGAUUGCUGAGGAGGCUGGCUGGUCCCACUCCCAGCCCCGCCUGUAA